AUGCCUUGCGCUUCACCACGGCGAUUUUUGGGUUUCGGGUUCUUCGCCGAACCGGCUUUGCCCGUUCCUCAGGCGGAAAUGGACACCGAAGCUUGCCACUCUGUCCCGGAUCUUCGACUGCUCUUUGCUGCUGACUCCGCCCCGACGCACGUUCGGGUUUUCCUGGAACCUGCUUACGAAUCUUCAAAUUCUUCGGACGCCCCGCCAGCUCGCUCCUUCUUCUCCCCUCCACUGCCGUUCACACCUCCUGCCUUCGACUCGCCUGCCGCCGGAAAUCAACCCCAAGCCUCCAGCGUCAUCCCCCCAGUGAACGUCGUCGUGUCGGAACCAGUCGCCUCUUCCUCGUCUGCCUCUUCCUCGUCUGCUGCUUCGUCUUCUCUUUCGUCUAGCCUCCCGCGGCUGUUUGUGUCUUCCACCGUUCCCAGGGCUGCAGAGUCGCAGCUACCUGUCUCUGAUCUGUCUCCGGUUUCCAUGAGAACGCCUCCGUCUCCCAGCGCUGGAGCUUACGGCGGACGAGAUGGCAGGGAGAGCGCUCGGAUCAGUCCGAGCGCAGGACGGAGAAAGGGAGAGGGAUCCCUUGGCCUCGCCGUUCCUCCUGGAUGCGGCGUUGGGAGCCAGGCGCGGUUCCGGGAUCUGAUGGCGGCCGACAAGGGCCGUUUGGCUGCAUGCACUGCGGAAGGCGCUCCGAGGCGCGUCUCUCUUGAGGAGUUGUCCAAACACUGCACACGCGAAGACCUUUGGGUCGCCUUGGACGGCGCGGUUUACGACAUUAGUUCGUAUGUCUCUUUUCAUCCUGGCGGUGCGCGGAUUCUUGUGGACCACGCGGGGACGGACAUCUCGGAGGUUUUCCGCCGCUACCACGCGUGGGUGAAUGCGAAGCACAUUCUCGAAUACAACCAAGUGGGAGUCUUUGAAGGAUAG